GGUCAAAGCCAGUCACGUGGUUUUAAGUUUUGAAAUCGUCACAUGUCAAUCAAUAAGGUUUUCUUCGGUUGAGCAAAGCGAACUAGAAAAUAUUUAAAAAGAAUGCCUCGUUUCACGUAAUAAAGGCCUGAAUUAACAAGGGAAUCAAACAUCGAAUUUUGAUUUUAAUAAAGUAUACAAGUAGACAUUAUUUAAUCUCGCAUCAAGGUUAAUCAUAAAAUUAUGUUACAACAACACUGAGUUAACAAGUAACAUCUGUCACAUCUCAUUUAACGCUUCUUUAAACAUUAAUUCAUUUAACAUAAAAAAACUAUUACUUGGGUUUACGAUUUUGUUGUUUGCGGUUCUUAUCACUUGCAGAUGUUACAUUUGUCAUUAGUUAAAAACAGGAAAACUAUAAUUAACACAAAAGGAUCUAUUUAAACUAUUUUUCUUAGGGCAGCGACUUAAAUUCGCAAAGCUACCCACAAGGACUUUGAAAGAAAGAAACUAAAUUCAGCAAAAAUUGAAGAUGACUGCAGAAACAUCAAUAAGCAGUGGGAAGGAUAUCAAAAGAUGGGAAAAGAAAAGACAACGUACAUUCAUUGCCUUUAUUUUUCAAGCUAUUGGUCUGGGAAUGGAAUAUUCAUUGACAUUCAUUACCUUAUGGUUAUAUCUUGAAGACACACUCAAAGCUUCUCAUCUCAAACUAUUCUAUAGUUUAAUAUCUGCAGCGUACCUGACGGCUCAAGUUGUAUCAUCAAUUGUAAUUGGCCAGAUCGUGGAUAAACAUAGAAAUGUAUCUUCUAUGUUUCUCUUUGGGAACACUUUGAUUGUAAUCGGAAAUGUAAUUUAUACUAUACCAUACUCCCCGUGGAAUUUAUUUGCCGGUCGAUUAAUUUCAGGGGGAGGAGGAUGUCUCCGGUCUAUCAUGACAAGCGAAUUAGCCAGAUCAUACCCUGCUGAUAAACUAUCGUCAAAGUUUUCCAUAAUGGGGAUGGCAUUUGGACUUGGGUUUAUUUUAGGUCCAGGUAUCAAUUUUGCUUUUCUUAAAGCAGAUUUCUUCAUUGGGCAAUUGCAUAUUAGUUACACAAAUGCCCCCGGUUGUUACUUGGCUAUAAUAUUCAUAUUGAUUCAAGUUCUAGCAACGUGUUUAGUAAGUGACCUAUCGAAAGAAUAUGAUUUAAAAGAUCAAGAAACAAUUGGUGAAAAGAUUGUACAAUAUGCAGCAGUAGCUAACUCAGACGAUGAAAAUAAUGAAUUCUUACCACCAAAUGAACAUCAAGACAGAAACAGAAGUGGUAUUCGUGUAUUCAAUCAACUUUUAAAGCAUACAGAUACGCUAAUAAUUCUUUUAUUCUCCUUCAUGUUCAUGUAUUGCAUGGUUUCAUUUGAUCUCUGGCAACCAUUGGCAGUUGUAAAACUGAUGCAUUGGGGAGUGCUUGAAAUCAACAUCAUCAUAUUUGGAUACGGUCUAGCUUCAGUAACUGUAUUACUUAUAAUAGCAUAUCGACCGUUAAGUGAUCAUUCGAUUGUAUAUUUCAGUUGGGUUUGCACUUUAUCCAUAACAUUGAUUCAACUGAUGUACAUUGUGUUUACAGUGUACAACACUAACUAUAUUCUAAAUGUUGUGCUAUGGACAUUUUACGGAAUACUUUUCGCAAUCAUUGUCGUUAUGGAGGAAGUGUUUCUAAUUGGUGUUAUGGCAAAGAUGACUAGUUCUCGCGAGCAAGCCUUUACCGAAAGUAUAAGAUUGGCAUUUUCGCGGUCAGGAGCAUUAAUAGCGUUAUUGACAGCUGCCAUCUCUUUCACACAACUAGAGUAUGUGUGUACCUGUCUAGCUGUUUUGUCAUUUUUCGGAUUUUUAGUUUUGGUGUGGAGACGAAAGCCGCUGCAAAAUCCUUUUAUUAUCAUAACAUAAAGUAAUACCAGAUUUUCUUUUAAAAUUCGAAAGAUUUAAAAAUAUAUAUAAAGUUAAUUCCAUAUUAAUUUAGAGUAGAGUUUAUUGUCGGUUACAGGCAGAAGCUAAAACAUUUUUUAUUUUUAUUUUAUUGAUAUGGUGAUGAUAUUCGUCGUGUUA